GGAAUGAGGGAAGCGAUGCAGCCACUUGCCACUCGCCACCACCUCUUGGUGUUCAGAAGCAAACAAACACCAGUUCUGGUUGAUAUUUUUCGUUUCAUCGGAGAAGAGGAUUGUUGGUUCAGAGAUCAGACACCGAAGGUUGGGUGAGAGAGACAGAGAGUGGCCAUGGAGACCGCCAUUUCUGGGAGAAUCGCUCUUUCUCCUAAUCACGUCUUUAGCUCUACUAAACCAGGGGAUAAACACUCCCUCUAUAAGGGACCAUGUACAAAUCGAGGCAUUGUCAUGUCAAUGUCAGCUAUGUGUCAGGGCAAAGGUGGUGGUUUGUUGGAGAGACCAACUAUAGAGAAGGCUACACCUGGCCGUGAAUCUGAGUUUGACUUGAGGAAAUCAAGGAAAACAGCUCCUCCUUAUCGUGUAAUAUUGCAUAAUGACAACUACAACAAGCGAGAAUAUGUUGUUCAAGUUCUCAUGAAGGUUAUUCCUGCAAUGACCCUUGACAACGCGGUCAAUAUCAUGCAAGAGGCACACUAUAAUGGCCUGGCAGUGGUGAUUAUCUGUGCUCAAGUAGAUGCUGAAGAACAUUGCAUGCAGCUGAGGGGCAAUGGUCUCCUAAGUUCAAUAGAACCUGCAAGUGGGGGGUGUUGAAGACUUGAAGGACUGUUCUCAUUGUGGAGAAUUAUGUCUCUGCUGCUGCUUACCUCCAUCUUCUUUUAAGUAUUAUAAAUCUGCUUGUGUGUACAUAACCUGAAAACAUCCAUGUUAUAUGAACCCUGAUGUCAUAUCAUCAGGUGCUAAGGCAAGGGAGGUGGACAAUACGACAUUGAGGACACUUUGUUUGUAUAGUGUUAGUUUGGACUUUGGACUUGCUUUUGAGAUUUGAUAAACUGAAUGGAUUAAAGAUGUAAGUAAUGAAUGAAUCCUUGUCUUGAAAAUUAGAGAA